AGACCACCACCAGCACCACCACCGGCGCUGUGCCUCGGACUUGUGUGGUAUGAAAAAGGCGCAUACACUUGACGUGUAAGCGGCGGCGACGACCCCUUGUUCAUCAAGGCGCAGUUACAUAAAGCAACAGGGCCACAACGUUGCUCCUCGCCUUCCUUUUUCUGUCCCUCAUCAACGUCUCCUGCCACUACCAUCUCCCAACCUCGACAAUACCGUUAACGUUAACCCGGAUUUGAUAACCAUAACUUAUCAUAUCCUGACGAAAAGGCAACAAUGCCAUCAACAACGACAUCAACCUCAAGUACAUUAGGAGCAGGGAGAGGUGCAUAUAGUCCAUGUCGACUAAGUGGACGCGCCCUUGUCGUCCUAUUCCUUACAGUUUCCGCAUCUGCAAGUCCAACACCGACGAGGACCAAGAGAGAUACAAGUACCCCUACCCCUACCCCUGCACCGGACACCACGGGCUCUCUCCUCACUACUUGGCUACCAGUAGCAAUAGUCAUGAGUAUUAUCCUAGCUGUAUUUGGGCUCACGAGGACCUCUCACGGACGUGCCUUCAUCGCCCGCAUGCGUGGACAACAAGGGACAACCCCUGCACCCGCUGCUGCGACGACGCCAAGGGUCGUACGGCCUAGAAGGAGGAGACGAGCGAGUCAAAUAUCGACGAAGAGUUUGCCGGCGUAUAUGGAGGAGCCGGGGGACGAAGAGCUCGUCCUGGUCAGGAGGACCGCGGCUGCGGAAGAGCAAACUACUACGAGUAUGUCAGAGCAUACGCCAGACACGAUCGACACGGCGACACUUGCCUCUUCCUCCCCUUCCUACACCGCGCCGGAGCAUGAUAGCCCAGGGGACGGCCCAGACGGGAUGACACCUGGCCACCGCCGAUCUCUAUCCCUCGGAGAAUCGAUCGGUCAUCACAGUGCAGACACGGCGCAAGGCUCAGACGAGAGCACCACGGGCCUCAUUCGUGCGGAGCGGAGGGUGAGCGUGCGCAGUAACGCUCCAAGCUAUAGGGAUGUCGUCAGUGAGGAAGAGGCAGCGAGAGUCAGCGCAGACCUACAUAGGAUGCGGAGCGUGCGCGAAGAGCGGGAGGCAGCCACCACUCAGGAACAGCAGGCCAACCAAGGGGCGACCGUGACUCG